AUGAUGUUAUCAAGAUAUUUCAUAUCAUUCGGCAUAAACUUGCGAUUAACAAUAGUGUCGAGACUGUUUGUCUUUCUCUCUUUUGCAUAUCUUACAUCGACAGCUCCCAUAUUAGAUUCAGAAAUUACUAAAAAUGUUCCAUUAAACACUACUGAUAGUAGUAAUGAGCUUCAAAACCAGCAUCCAUCUAUAGUCAACGGUAAUUUUUCUCAAACGCAAAGAAGUAAACCUUACUAUGUUUUGUUGCCAUCAGCAUCGGUGCAACAGACAGGUGAAACUAAUAAUGAUAUUCAAACAACACCAAUUUUAAGUCAAGAAAUUAAAAUCGAGAAUAGUACUUGGUCAUCUGUAUCAGUGCAAGAAGCACGUGGAGUUAACAGUGAUACUCAAUUGACACCGCUUGUAGCUCAAGGAACUAAUAUCAGCAAUAGUUCAUCGUCAUUCAUAUCAACUCAACAGACAGGUGAAACUAAUCAUGAAAUCCAAGCAAUCCCAUCAGUAACUCAAGAAAUUAAUAUCACGAAUAGUGCAUCGUCACCUGCAUCAGUUCAACUGACAGAUGGAACUAACAAUGAUGUUCAACCAACACCGUUAGUAGUUCAAGGAACUGAUAUUAACCAUAGUACAUUGUCAUCAACAUCGGCACAACAAAUAGACGAAAAUAACAAUAAUACUCAAUCAAAACCACUUGUAGCUCAAGGAUCUGUUACUAACAAUAGUCCAUCAUCAACAAUAUCAGCUCAACAAACAAGUGAAACAAAUAAUAAUAUUCAACCAACACCACUUACAGGUCAAGCAACUGAUACCAAUAAUAGUCUAGUGUCUUCAACAUUGAUGCCACAGAUAGGCGAUACUAAUAGUGAUAUCCAAUCAACAUCACAAUUAACUCAAGCAGUUGAUAACAAUAACAGUCCAUCAUCAACAAUAUCAACUCAACAAACAGGUGGAGCAAGUAAUUAUAUUCAACCAACACCACUUACAGAUCAAGCAACUGAUACCAACAAUAGUACAUUAUCAUCAACAUCGGCGCAUCAGAUAGUUGAAAGUAACAGCGAUACUCAACCAACACCACUUGUAGCUCAAGCAACUGUUACUAAUAAUAGUCCAUCGUCACCUGCAUCAGUCCAAGAGACAGAUGGAAAUAACAGUGAUAUCCAACCAACACCGCUUCUAGUUCAAGGAACUGAUAUCAACGAUAGUCUAUCGUCAUCAACAUUAAUGCAACAGAUAGAUAUAGUUAACAAUGAUAUAUCAUCAAACCCAUUAGUAGGUCAAGUAAUGGGUACCAACAAUAGUACAUGGUCAUCAACAUCAGCGCAACAGACAGAUGGAACAAAUAAUGAUAUUCAACCGACAAUACUUGUAUGCCAAGUAAUGGGUGCCAACAAUAGUCAUUUGUCAUCUGCAUCGAUGCCACAGACAGACGGAACUAGGAGUGAUACUCAACCAACACCACUAGUAGGUCAAAUAGCUGAUACCAACAAUAGUUCAUUGUCAUCAACAUUGCUGAAACAGACAGGUGAAACGAACGACGAUAUCCAAUCAACAUCACUUGUAGGUGAAGCCAUCAAUACUAAAAAUAGUUUCUGGUCAUCUAUAUCGAUGCAACAAACAGACGGAACUAACAACAGCAUCCAACCAACUCCAUCAUUAGUUCAAAGAACGAAUACUACGAAUAGUGUUUGGUCAUCUGCAUCAGUGCAAGAGACAAGUAGAACUAACAGUGAUAUUCAACCAACAUUAUUAAUAGUUCAAGGAACUGAUAUCGGCAAUAGUCCAUCAUCAUCCGCAUCAGUCCAACAGACAGACAGAACUAACGAACCUACCCAAUUAACUCCAUCAGAACGUCCAGGAAAUGGAAGCAGCAUUGUUUCACAAGUGACAGAGGCAGUAUUCGAAAAUAAUUCUUCUUACAAUAAAACUUCUCAAGAAAAUGUACCGGGUAGUAGCUCACAAUUGGAAAGUGGAACUUCAUUUUUUGAUGAUAGAACAUAA